AGAAAGAUGAAAAAUGAAAACAGUCCAGAAACCCAAAGAAGUAAAACAAGCGCCCCAUGGGAGGAAAAUGGCCCACAGAGUGGGAUGUAUAAUUCUCCCAGUGACCGCAAUAAAUCACCAAAGUUUCCUUACUCUCGGCGACGGAACCCAUCAGGUGGCAGCGAGAAUGAGUCUGGGCAGCCAGUCCGGAGGAGAUCACGGUCUCGCUGUAACACCAGCAGUGGCAGUGAAUCAGAAAAUUCCAACAGAGAGCAUCGGAAGAAGAGAAACAGAUCACGGCAAGAGAAUGACAUGGUUGACUCGGCUCCUCAGUGGGAAGCUGUGCUGCGGAGACAAAAGGAGAAAAAUCAGGCAGAUCCAAACUACCGUCGAUCCAGGCACAGAUCUCGAUCAAGAAGCCCAGAUGUACAAGCUAAAGAAGAACUGUGGAAACAUAUUCAGAAGGAGCUUGUGGAUCCAUCUGGCCUGUCUGAGGAACAAUUGAAGGAAAUCCCAUACACUAAAAUAGAGACUCAAGGUGACCCGAUCCGCAUUAGGCAUUCACAUUCCCCUCGAAGCUACCGUCAGUAUCGGCGCUCCCAGUGCUCUGAUGGUGAAAGAUCUGUCCUGUCUGAAGUGAAUGCAAAAACUGAUCUGGUGCCUCCACUGCCUGUUACACGAUCUUCAGAUACCAGGGGUCCCAGUAUCCAGUUAACUCAACAG